AUGCAUUGUAAGCGGAAACCUGUCGAGGAGAUCCCUCGCCCCAAGAAACGACAACGUCUACAUGAGCAGCCGCCCCGGGGCUUUAAGGGGCAGGAGUCGGGCAUCCUACCAGCAUGCUCGGCAACACAGAACCCGGGCGUAUCCCAGGUUCUCUAUAUGCCCGAGCUGCUCGAGUGUAUUUUCCUGCAGCUGGACAUGCAGACGCUCCUCGUCUCGGCCCAGCGCACAUGUCGGACUUGGCGGGAGCUCAUUAGCACGUCGCCGGCGCUCCAGGAGGCGCUCUUUUUUAAACCCCAAGAUGGACCGGCAGGAUUCGACGGGCAAGAUGGAAGGGACCAGGCCGACAACACUGGAAAGUUGGAGAGCAGGAAUGUCGCGUGUCAAGGCGUUCGCAAGAAUCCCUUGCUAGCUUCCGUCUUUCCGGCUUGGUUUCAAGACUACCAAUACAAGGGACCGUCGCCUCAUCGUCGUAAUGGUCGCCGCCCUCGGCCCGGGGAUGGAGAGAACGAGUUGGCCACCUUGUCUUCAGUAUCUCGUCUCCCAAUCUGGACCUCUUACUCAUCGCAGCCAUUUGCCGCCGCCACGGAACAAUUUCUGCACUCCCCCUCGGCCAGCUGGCGGCGCAUGCUCAUCCAGCAGCCGCCGGCCUAUCGCCUAGGCUACUGGGCCACGUUGGAUCACAUGGCGCCUGGUCAACAGGCGUCGAUAAAACACUACCCUUCCGGUCUGCACAUGGGCCAACUGUACGACGAGUCUGUCGAGGCGGCGGCAGCCACCAUUGGUUACGAAAUACGAUGUUUACUCUGGGGUGCCGAGGGCCUGCAACACGUGCUGCGCGAGUAUGUGGGCCCUAAAGAGUACUGGAAAUCCACGAAUUGGCCGCACCUGGAUUUCGCGGCCUGCGCGCCGUAUGACGAAGAGGCGAAGGACAAGCUCGACACGCUGCUAAUGGAUACUGAUGUUACGAUACUAGUACAGCAGAAUCUUUUCGCCCUAUGCAUGUACCGUGCCAGGAACCUGGAACCGGAGACUGCGUGGUGCUGUGACCCUACUCGUGGCCCUGUGGUCCUUGCAGGUAGAAGAGACUUUGAUGAUAAGAUACGUGAGUUUCGCCGCAUCUUCGCAUGUGGUGCGCGCAACCUCGGGGUCGUGGCAAAAGGCUGGGAGGACUUGCCAAAGGGCAAGACUCUUUGGGAAUGGGAGAAGGAGAUUGAUAUUGAUAAUGAUCUGUAA